GACAAGGCGAUCGGGCGCAAUCUGGCGAUGGAGGAAGCGCGAUCUGCGCCAGGCGCGAUGGCGACGAGAAGAUGACGCAGUGCGAGGCCCGUCUGCUCCGGGAUGGUGGUUAAGGCCAGGGCUCGGGCCAGAUCCGCACUCGCAGACAAUUCGGGCCUUGGCUGCAUCGCCGCUGCGCUCUCAGCUGGCUGCCGAGGACGGCUCGAGAGUGUCGCUAGCUAGAGAUUGUGGUGAAAUUCGAGGCUGCUCGUCAUGGCCGUGAGCAAUCAAUUGACGAGAGUCAUCCGCGUCAGUUUCGGGAUCGUCUUGACAGUGGCGCUCUUCUCGCUGCUGUCUGCGAUUUUUCUGAGCAGCCGAUCAGAAGACAUUCUCGCGGCCGAUGACGACCUGGGCCGAGCAGACCGAUCUGCUCCUGGCGCGAGUGGCAAAUCCUUGCCAGUCCGUGAAGCCAUGGCUGCUGCCGGCAGCAGGUUUGUCAAGAGCUGGUGCGUUCGGCGGACCGCGAGACAGGAGGAGGUGGAGCAGGUGAUCCAGAACAUGGAGACGCAGGAGAGAUCUCGAGUCUUCGAGAAGAUUUUCCGCGAAGACUACUGGGGCGGAGGCGAGUCUCGAUCCGGGCCUGGCAGUCGCAAGGAUUACACCGCGAAUGUGAGGAAACUACUCGCCUUGGCUAUCAAGACUUACGGCGUCAAAGAGCUUCUGGAUUCUCCCUGUGGAGAUGUGAAUUGGCAAACAUUGACGGAGGGGUUCAAUGCCACCACGUACACGGGCUUCGACAUCGUGCCGGACAUGAUACGCAAGAACGAAGCCACGUUCCAAGGCUGGCCGAACAUGAAAUUCGCCCGGGUCGACUUCACCAACACGCCGAUCGACGAAACCGUGCGCCCGGAUCUCAUCAUCUGCCGCGAUGCGAUCCAGCACAAUGCGCUCAAGGAUGGCCUGCGAGGGCUGGCGAAUUUGGAGAGCACGGGAGCCAAGUACAUUCUGACCAACUGGCACUCGCCGCCGCGCCCGAACAAGGACAUCAAGUUCGGGGACUUUUAUCUGAUCGACGUGUUCACGCGGCCCUUCAAUUUCUCCAAGCCCGAGAUGUUCAUCUCCGAAGGCGUGAAUGGCCACAACUCCGAAGGCAAGUUCGCCGGGCUCUGGAAGCUGCCUGCUCUUCUCAAAGGCGACGGCCGCCCCUUCCGCAUUCCUGAAUCUCUCGUUCUCAAGGCUCGGCAGCACGUGGUGACCAGCGCCGAGCUCGAGGCCGAGCUGAUCAGACUCCAACGACCCGGAGGCCUGCAAGCGUAGCGCUGUGGUUGGUCCUCUCGGUCGCUCGCACUGGUCCUCUUGCUUGGACCAACUGGAUCCCGCAAAUCAAAGAAGAAAUCGGAGUCCUGGUUUCUCUCGAAUGAAGAAUCUGCUCGACUUUCAUGUUUGCCAUCUCCCUGCCUGAGACUUGCAACACAAUCUGAAAGAGGAAUGCGAGGUGAAGGUAGGAGGAAGGAUGGCCGGCUGCCAAGCGCUUUGGCAGAAUCCACAUUUCUGAAUACAGUACUCUUCAAUGCAUCUCGUCUCGCAGCGCUAAUUCUGAUCUGGUUCCAGCAUCUUUGCAGCGAACUGUCACCUAAAUAUUACAGAAAUCCUGAAAUCUAUCACCAUGCACACGCUGCGAGCACGGUCAAGAGUGGUGUAUAGGCAGGCAUGCCGCAAGCGAGAAGAGAAGUGCAUCGGUGAUACCAGACCCCAGCGAUGCAAAGCUGUCCAGAUCGUUCAUCUGGCCGGAUCUUAUGGUAGGCGGACGAGAAAUCGCAGUUAGAAGCUUGUAUUCGCAAUUCCUUCGAGAGAUUAUCCAUCUUGAUUCUCACUUGGGCAAUCCAAACCCGGUCUGGGCGCCAUGACGCGUGAUUUACGCAAUCAUGAAAAGUACUCUGACAUCGUGGGAUCUAUUUCUCGUGCUGCAAUGACAGCGCUGUAAGCUUGCUCAAUACAACCAGGUGUACGAAAAGGAUGAAUGAAAUCAUCAUUCAGGCCUACCAUAAAACAAAAUUUUGGACUCGUCUUCUUCCAGUAUUAAGUACUUCUCAAACAACUCCCCCACUUCAUUAUCCACAUACCAUGGCCUACUGUAACAGUUGAGAUGUAAAGGUCAAGUUUGAGCCACGGAAGACAUAGGCAGUUAUGGAGACACAUUUUCAUGAAAGUAUCCCAGUGAUGAAAGUUCACAGCAAAUGACGAUGAGGAUUCCAAGCUUUUACUUACUUGUCAUGUAUAACCAACUCUUACGUCUGUGAAGCCCAGCCGGCUUCUAUACCAUACUACCCAUAAAGCAAGACAUUGAUUUUUGCAGCCCAUGAGCGAAAGUUUAUUGGCUGCUGAUGAAACCUCUGAGGUGCUCAAGAUUGUGGACAGAUCGUUGGUGCACAUCUUGGGCUUCUUUGUGCGUGUGUAGUUAGGAGGCAACUCUUGAGUUUACAUUAGUACUGGAUUAUUACUUUUUAGUUAGUUUUAGUUAGUUUCCAACAUUUACGCUAACUAUAGUAUCAAGAAUAAAUGUUUAGUCCCUUCAUCAUGCUUUCUCGACCUUAUUUUUGGCGGUGAGGAAGUCGGCCCUGGCUGCUGUUUUUGACCCGCCUUUCGCUUCUUCACUUUUGUAGGUGAUUAUUGGAAAAGCUUUACAUUUAGGACUUUGAACCGGCUUUCCCGUAGAUCCCACGAAUCCUACAUUUCCUAAGACUUUCUCUUCAAUUCACUUAUGUGCCUUGCCUGUGCUGGAAAAAACUAUGUCAAUCAUCAGGUUUUUCUUCUAAUGUAAUACUGAAAAUGUAGAAUGAUUACUCUGCAUACUAAGGCUGAACUGAAGCUCGUGGGGAAGUGAUCAAUUAGAAUUUUUUUCGUAGAUUUGGUGAUCCGGUGAAGUUAUUGUCCAAGUUUCAGGCUCGGAGACUUCUCUCUUGAUUGAUAGACCAGGUCAGUCUUUUGACCUUUAGUGAUGCAAUUAUGACAGGGUUUGAUUCGAUCAUCAUUGUGUAGUUUGCUCGUAGAAGUAGCUGAAUGCAUACACAACUUGGAUGCAAACGGGGUGCAUCUACUACACUCAGUGCAGUGAUGGUACUCAGGACGUUGUGUUUUGGCACCAUACUGUAUGGUUCCAUACACCACCACGUAGAGUAGUUAAGCAAUGUGGAUCAGUGAUGCAUUGACACUUUUAUCAUUAUCAACACACAAAUUAGUAUCAUGGGCGGCGUAUACGGAAAGAAUCGGAAGUUUCCAUGGAUUGUAUGUGUCACUUGCAAGUGACUUAGUCCGCGGUAUGAAGUUCGAACUACAUCUUAUUCAUCAUAAUCCGGCCUGCUUAAUGUAGGCGAUCGUGUGUCGCCAUGCCAGCGCGCCUACUCAUGCUUCCCUUCACUUCUGGGUGGCAGUCGCGUUAUGGUUGGUUAUUGAGAGGAAUAGGAGGUUUUGUGUGGCUUCUAAGCAUGCAAAUGAUUUCCACUUGAAUAUAAAGUCAUUUUGCAAGGUUAGACUAGAGAUACAAGAGGAAGAUGCUACGUUAUUAACUAUUAUUCUUACAACAAUUUUUCCCACUGCGAAUGCUGGACAAAUAGAUCUUGCCAUCCAAUCUAGUAUGUUUGACCCUAAUAAAGUUAGUUCUUACUCCAGAACUACAUCUCUCUCGGAUGAGAAUGCUUUUGAUAAAAGCACAUAGCAGAAGAGUAAUGAACUAGGAGAGUAGCAGACUAUUGGCCGACCUGAAACGAUG